UUCAAACCAACCUUUCAACUGCAGUUCACCAUAUACAAGAACUUCUUUCACAAUAUAUUCCAAAAUUUGACUCUCCUCGUACGUUUGCAGCCCCCGUUGACAAACAGAAAAACAUAUUCAUAGAAAGCAUAUUUCAAUUAAGCAAAGUUGAGUUUGUCUCCUUAAUUCUCACUACUUGAUCCUUGUUUUGAGAAAGGACUCGAAAAGUUGGUUGUUCAUGGAAGAGACAGCACAAGAAAUCAAGCGUCCAUUUGGAAUUCCUGAAAAGCCAGAAUUCACUGUUGGUUUGGAUGUACCAUUGAAGAAGUUGAAACUGAAUGUUCUGAGUGAAGGUUCGUCCGUAAUUGUGUUGACCGGUUUGGGAGGAUCGGGGAAAACCACUCUGGCCACAGUGCUCUGUUGGGAUGAACAAGUCCUGGGUAAAUUCAAGGAAAAUAUUUUAUUUGUCACCUUCUCAAAAGCGCCCCAGUUGAAAAUUAUCGUAGAAAGACUGUUGGAGCACUUUGGAUAUCAAGUGCCAGAGCUUCAAAGCGAUGGAGAUGCUAUUGAUCAAUUGGUACUUUUGCUGAGGAAAAUUAAUGCAAAUCCAAUGUUGUUAGUCCUGGAUGAUGUUUGGCCUUGCUCAGAAGCCGUUGUUGAGAAACUUAAAUUUCAGAUAUCAGAUUAUAAAAUUUUGGUCACCUCAAGGAUUGCAUUUCCUAGAUUUGGAACUUCACUCGUCUUAAAACCUCUUGUUCCUGAAGAUGCAAUAACCCUUUUCCGACACCAUGCUUUCUUGAAAAGAGCAAGUUCAAAUAUUCCUGAGGAAGAUCUUGUCCAAAAGGUGGUGAGACAUUGCAAGGGUUUACCGCUUGCCAUUAAAGUGAUUGGAAGAUCACUGAGUCAACAGUCUAUCGAGUUGUGGCAAAAGAUGGUGGAGGAGUUGUCAGAAGGUCAUUGUAUACUUGAUUCCAACUCUGAAUUACUUAGUUCCCUCCAAAAGAUCUUGGAUGUAUUGGAAGAUAAUCCCAUCAUCAAAGAGUGCUUCAUGGACUUAGCUUUAUUUCCUGAACACCAAAGAAUUCCUGUUGCUGCUCUUGUUGAUAUGUGGGUUGAGUUGUAUGGACUAGAUAAUUAUGGCAUCAAAGCAAUUGCCAUUGUCAACAGAUUGGAUUCCAUGAAUUUAGCAAAUGUCACUGUAACAAGGAAAAAUUCAAAUGACACGGACAGUUAUUACUAUAACAACCAUUUCAUCGUCCUUCAUGAUAUUCUAAGAGACUUGGCAAUUUAUCAAAGCAACAAGGCUCAAAUUGAACUAAGAAAAAGACUGAUGAUUGGCAUCAAUGAAACUAAACCUGAAGUGUGUCUUGGAGAGAAGCAGCAUGGCAGGAUGAUCCGCACAUUGUCAAAUAAUUUUAGACUGUGUGAUAAACAGAAAACCCAAAAGAUACCUGUCGGAACAUUGUCUAUAUCAUCUGAUGAAACUUGCACUUCAUAUUGGUCGCACCUACGACCAGCUCAAGCUGAGGUUCUCAUCUUAAACAUUCCAACUAAUCAGUACUCCAUUCCAAAGUACCUGAAAGAAAUGAGCAAACUAAAAGUUCUGAUAGUCAUGAAUUAUGGUUUCCAUCCCUGUGAAUUGUUCGAUUUUGAGCUACUUGGCACAUUAUCACUCCUAAAAAGAUUGAGACUGGAGAGGAUUUCGAUUCCUUCCUUUGUCACAUUGAAGAAUCUUAAAAAGUUAUCCCUCUACUUGUGUGAUACACGCGAGGCUUUCGAAAACAGUAACAUUCUAAUUUCAGACGCUUUUCCAAAUCUAGAGGACUUGAAUAUUGAGUAUAGCAAAGAGAUGGUUGGACUGCCCAAGGGACUGUGUAAUAUCACCUCCUUGAAUGUGCUCAGCAUCAGUAACUGCCAUAAGCUUUCAGCAUUGCCUCAAGAAAUUGGAAACUUGGAGAAUCUGAAACUUCUGAGACUAAGCUCAUGUACUGAUUUGCAAGUGAUACCAAAUUCUGUCGGAAGGCUUUCAAAUCUACGGCAUAUGGACAUCUCAAACUGCAUAAACCUUCCUAAUUUACCAGAGGAAUUUGGUAAUCUAUGUAAUCUAAGAACUCUCUACAUGACAAGUUGUGAAAGGUGUGAACUGCCAUCCUCAAUCAUCAAUCUUAAGAAUUUAAAGGAGGUGGUAUGCGAUGAAGAGACGGCUUUUUCAUGGGAAGCUUUCAAACCUAUGCUUCCAAAUCUUAAGAUAGAUGUUCCUCAACUUGAUAUAAACUUGAAUUGGCUUCAUGCAAUUCACUCCUAAUAUCUGUUUCAUACAAUUGUUUUGUUGUUUGCAAGUGGUGGUUGAAAGUAAAGGGAAGAAAAUAAGGCUUGGCUCUCACAAUGGAUUAUCGUAAAAAGAUAGUCUCAAGUUCUAAAUCUGUUAGUUGGUUUGAAGGGGCCAAUAUUUGCCUUGUUCUUACAAAAAUCCUACAAAACAUGUCAAAGGAAAAACAGGGAAAGGAGUUGGUCUUAAAUAUCAUUUGAUUCUUUCAUUUGUUAAUGCUGAAGAAAAAUUGGUUUCAACCAUCUUAUCCUUACAUUUAACACAAUAAUUUAUUAUGGUUCAGCUGUAUACUUACGUUUACAACUACACUAGUGAGUAUUUCCAACUUUAAAGGUUGUUUAUAUAGCAAAAUGGGCUUCGAAAAAGCAAUCACUAGUUAGCCUAUCCACUACAAAAACAGAGUGUAUAGCUGCAGCAAUAUGUGCUUGUCAAUGCAUUUGGCUUCACAAAAUUUUAGAAAAUCUUGGGGUUAAAAGAAAUGAAGCAACCACAAUUCUGUGACAACCGUUUUAGUAUUAAAUUGUCCAAAAUUCCUGUCUGCGUAGUAAGUAC